AGAAUUGAAUACACCUGACAGUCUCCACUGGUAUUAUCGUCUGCUGCACUACAUGUGCAGAAGAACGAGGCAUCAAAGAGGACCACGAAGUGUGAAGAGGUUAUGCUGUAGUUGUUGUUCAAGUGCCAUUGAUUCUGAACAUUAUGAGGUAAGUAAGUAAGUAACAAAUGGCUUUAUUAGCAUGACUUCAUAUACAAGUAUUGCAAAAGCUUAUUAGUUAAUUAUAAAUAGUUACAAAUGCAAAAUGUUCUGUGGGUAAUAUGACACUGUGAGUAAUACAAGAAAUAAAAAUGAAGUUAUUGAUAUAAAGAAAGGCAUAGUUAACAAAUGAAUACUCUAUUUACAGUAUACAGUAUAUGUAAUUGAAGAAGUUUGGGAGUUAGUUCGAUAGCCUAUUGACUGUCAGCAUUCCGAGCUUCAAGGCAUUUAGAUCUCUUCUCAAAACAUAAAGAGAUAAAUUUUGAUAAUUUUAUCACGGUUUUAGUUUUAUUUAUAAAUUUUGAUAGUUUUAUCACGAUAAUUUUAGCCACUUCUUACUCCAGCUAUGGAGUUUAUCCAGACACUUCUGGAGGCCGAAUUUUGAUUUAGAUAGGAUAAUUAGAUCAUCUGCGUAAAGAAGACAGCUCAGUUCUGUUCCGUUAGGCAGUAUAAAUGGGUCUGAAUUGGUGUUUUUAAAUAAGGUCGUUAUUUCAUUUAGAUAAAUAUUGAAAAGAAGGGGGCUUAGUAUACAAGGUACUAAAUGAGGUACUGAAUUAUGAUAACCCCCCCCCCCUCUAUUUCCCAUGCCCCCGAAAUACCCAGUUUCUUGCAAACUACAGUAUUUUAUCAACCACGAUCCCACUUACACUGUAGUUGUUGUUCAAGGCAUUGAUAUACUGAUCACUAUGAAGUACUAACAACGCUUCAGUUUACUAGCUGAUAUUUCCUGCAACUCUAUGUACAAUUAAUGAACGUUUUUAGGAAUAAAGUACAAAUUAUAAAAUCAGGUAUAAUGCAUUUUCUGGGAGUCUUGAUGCUCCCUCUUCUGGUAAGCUAUAUACUUUCCCACUGAGGCUAUAGAUUACGCCUUAAUUUCCAGCAUUUAUAACUGCCCUUGACUAUACGUACUCGAAACGCGUCAACAAAAUAAGCUCUGUUUCAACACAACAUGAAAUAUAAUUUUCGACUCAAUAUCUAGGCUGUCAAUGUAGAAGAAGCAAUAGAAACUGCUGACAAAUGUGAAGGUGUGGAACCUGAUGAUGACGUUAUCGUUGAUGAAGACGAAACGGUUGAAACAUCUGACGAUGAAGGUUAGUAUUAUAAUUCUAUUUUCUCUUUAAUAACUUUUAAAACAACUCUUGCUAAAUGUUGAAUUACUUGGCAAGUGUUAGACUACAAUGUAUUCAGACACCACGCCCUAGUUUCGUCUACACCAAACAAACUCAAUUACAAGCAACAUCAAUCUCGAAACCAGAGCCUGCAAUCCUCUGAGGAGGCUUGCUGAGGCUCUGGGAAACACCAGCGAAAGUCGGGCUCUGAUUGGUUGUUUUUCAAGUGCUAAUUAUUAUUCAAACUGUGAGCCGUAUUUAGUGAUUCAAACAUCGUUUAAAAUUAAUAUAAAGUUUAUUUCUCUUUGUGUAUGACCGUAUUAUGUUUAAACAUAUCAAUGAAGCACACAGCAUAACUUUAAUAAACUUAUUAACUUCCCUAGCUUCUCAUGAAAUCAAUAGACUAUUCCGAUCAGAUAUUGAUAUGCCAAUAACAAAAUGUAGAAAUAUAACAACAGUGCAGCAUUACCAUAUAAGGUCAUGAUAAGCCGUUGCCUAUAAUAUUUAAAAUAAAAUAACACAACAAUCCAUGAUUUACCGUAAUUAAACAAGUUAAAAUAAAUCACUACCAGUAUCUUACAACAAUUCAAAACCAUGGCAAGUGUUCUUUGAAGAAUUAAAGUCGUAAUAAGAUUAAACAACGACAUAAUUCAUGCUUGACGGAAGUAAUGUCUAUUUAUAAAUGUCGAGCGGAGUACUGGAUCCAAAUGUACUGAUUUUCGUGCAAAAGUCGCCGGUGUUUUCCAGAGCCUCAGCAAGCCUCCACAGAGGAUUGCGGGCUCUGGUUUCGAGAUUGAAGCGACAUAUUUAGCUCAAACCUCCUUCCCAGGGCUUUUAUGUGGGCGCGCGGUUGAGAUGCCUUGUGGGCGCUAAAGUGUGCGCUAGCCGCUAUGUUAGGUGGACUACUGCUGUUUUAGCCUGCGUAGCGGCUCUCAGGGAAAGGACAGCCUGCAAGAAACCCCAUGCUUUGCCGUAUUUACUAGUUCUCCCAAAGGACGAGAAAUCUGAUUGGUUCAAAAUGAAAAAAUAUGCUAAUUUGUGCUAAAAUUAUGAACAAACACGGCGGGGUGUUUCUUUGAGUUUUGCAUUCAAAAGAGCUUAAAGGCCACGAUUUACGGUUGAACAAUAAAGGUAUUUACGAACUUUGUUCAUGAAGCUCUAGAGAUAUUGACUGUGGUGUCUUCGUUGGAUUGCUGUCUGUUAGCAGCGCCUCUUUCGCGAGCGUGUUCGUUUACAUCGACGACAAAUAGAUUUUUUCUUCAUGAUUUUGUAGCUAAUAAAUUAAAUGUUGUGCCAGGAGAGAGAAUUGCUGUGAAUGCUUAUGUCUUAUGAACAGGACUUGCUCUCUCUGGAGUGAUGGCUUCAGACACUUUUCUCUUCCCUGCAUCGCUCAAAACUUUAACAUUUAAUUCAUCACGGUUGACCGCUGUCGAAACUAAUUAUAUUUGUACGUAUCUACGAUAUUUCGUAGCUUUCUCGCACACGGACUGCAAAGUACUUGUGACAACGAUAGAAACUGCUCUAGCGCUAUUCCCACAGACUUCAAAUUUCUUUAGCUGACAUCCGUAUAUUAUUUCGUUUUGAAAAUUGCAAACAUAAAGCAAUCUAUAUUAUUUCACUUUGAAUUGACAAAUAAAUUUGCAAACGUAAACAAUCUAUGUGAUUGGCCAAUUUUGACAUAUGUUGAAAGUGGGCGUAGCCCGCAGGCUAAGUGGGCGGAAAUGGCAAAACAGUAGAUCUCGUACAGGCUCUCCUUUCCCUGACAGACGCUACGCAGGCUACUGCUUUUUUUCCCAAAAUAAAGCCCUGAGAAGGAGAUCGAGUAAAACAUAAUAAGAGUAUCACUGGACAGCAACAGAAAAGGUUUCUGAAUGCAGGAAUGUUUCUAAUACAGCGUGGACUGCGUAGUAUUGACAGAAACAAAUUAAAGAAUGUGCCAAAGCCCAGAAAAUACGGUACGAACUGAAGAUUCAUCGGUUCAUCCAGAUCUGAGUUGCCAAUCUGAUUAACGUUCAGUAUUUGUUUCCAGGAAUUAUGGAUAUUGGUGUGAGCGAACAACGUAAAUACUGGAAAACAUUGUGUGAAGAAUUUCUUCUUCCUUAUGAGAGAGCCAAGUUAAUUGAACAUCGUAAGCAACUUAUCCACAUUAGUAAUGGCUCACUUUUGGUCUUCUCACUUGUUAAUAUCUUGUGGUUUAUUGUUGAUUUUGGAUUUCUUCUCGCUAGUCCUCUUGGUUUUGCGUCUCUAACAUUGUUUACUGCCAUCUUAAUCAUGCAGUUUAUUGCAAUGUUAUAUCACCGGCUCAUGACGGUCUCUUACGAACUUUCCCGAGCACAUUUUUUCCCAAGAAUGCCGCAAGAAUAUCACCCACGGGAACUGUCCUCGAUACCAGGCUCUGGAUAUGAUCGUCCGCAGAACAUUACAAAUGCUUCUGCUUAAGUUUUCUUCACCGUACUUGAGAAGUUUUUUUUUUAUCAAUAUAAAUCUCACUUAUAUAAGGUAAUUUACAACCGUCUACUUGAAGCAAUAAUAACUAUACAGGGUGUCUAAAAAAAAACGCUAUGAAAAUUCAACAGGCUGUUGUGCAUCACAAACUUAACUAAACAAUUAAAUUUUUACAUAGAACGAAAGAGCUGUUAUUUAGCUUUUUUAUGUUAUAUUUCUUAAACCGUAACGAUGAGAAAUGGCCACAUACUCGUCAAAUAAAACUUUUCGGUCGAAAUCACAUUCUUCCACCGUUGGGAAUUAAAAAUACAUUAAUUAUGCAAAGUUAAUCAAUCCAAAAGCAGCGCGAGACUGAGUCUGCUGCAAGGUACUUGUUUCGUAAAACGUUUUGAUUACGAAUGUUCUCUGUUCAGGGGUGUUACUUGAACCAAGUUUAGUGCAAUAAUGGACGUUCUUAUGGUCUCACUAAGACGAAGAUUGACGAGUUGAGCUUAUUUUAGAUCAUUUAACAUUCAAUAUUGUUUGUUUCGUUUUCCAUGCAAUUCCCAACGGUGGAAGAAUGUGAUUUCGACCGGCAAUUUUUAUUUAAUUGACGAGUAUGUGGCCAUUUCUCAUCGUUACGAUUUAAAAAGAGUAUCGUUGAAAAGCAAAUAAGUCGUCCUAUGUAAAAAUUGAAUUGUUUAGCUACGUUUAUGAUGCACGACAGCCUGUUAAACUUCCAUUGAGACACCCUGUAUAUAUACAAUAUGUAUCGAAGCCAAGAUCAUUAAGCAUGUUUAUGAAAGUCAAGGGUUAGCGUUCUUUUGCAAGAACUCCCACGUUACAACAACGACAAAAUGAACAAUUAAUUUAUAAGUUUUAAACUAUUAAUUUAGUCAGUAAGUAUGAAACAUUCCUCAAAUGGUUAAUGAAUGGAUCAAAAUGAAAUUAAAAUGAAUUAUUAAAAUGAAUAAGUGAACCGGAACUUCUACUUGACUUCCAUUUUGAAGCCGCUCAUGAUAGGCUCCAUGUAUGAGUCGUACGUACCAGUUAGUCUGGUUCUGGCCCCUGAACUGGACUAACAUAUCAGUCUGCCUUGUACUAUAUAUAUGAAGUGAAGAUGACGCAUAUUACAGAACAGAAAUUACAAUAUUUUUCACGUAUUUGACCUUAUUGACGUCCAAUUUCAUUGCUCUAUAGAGCAUUUCUUUGUUUAUCAUUACUCAUGAGGAAAGG